ACCAACAUUGGGUCAAUCGAACCCCACGAUAUCUUUUUCCCGCUUUUUGAACCACAACAACCACUCAGGCAUUGUCGUAUGAGUGCAAUGGCCGAUUUGGUGGAUUUACCGCUACCUCAUCCACACCGCCCUCCCACCGCAGAAGAGGUGCGAUUCAGUAAGGCCAGGAUUGAAUCUCUUGGUCAAGAAAUUGACGACCUCGAGCUGAAGAUCACCAAGUUCCGGGACCGUGGUUGGAUUCAAGACCUUCAGCAACAACUAGAUCAGGGUGCGGCCGCUGGAACCCUCGAUAGUAAGAUAGAGAAAAUUCAAGCGGAAGUCCACGAACUUGAACGGAAACGAGCUAACUAUAUCUCCUAUGUCUCUCCAAUACGACGACUUCCGACCGAAAUACUAAGCCAGAUCAUAGACCUCUGCCUAAAGGACCGUGAAGAUAUCACGAAACUGGCUGCAAUCUGUGGUCGUUUCCGGGACGUCACCCUUGGGAUGACAAGAAUUUGGAGCAACAUCUCGCUCCAAUCAAAUUAUCAUGUAGAGGAGUACAUGCGAGUGAUAAAGCUGCCCGUAGGAAACUACGGCUAUUCGAUGUUUACGGUGGAACAGCUCGAACUGGUUUUAGAACGAGCCGGCUCAGCUCAACUCAAGAUACAUAUUGAAUGGCCGGUGGAGUCGGGUGCACUCAAGCUGAUAUCAAUGCGUAAUCACCCCAUUUGGUCACUAAAGGUCCGCGCCAGUCCUACGAGAAAGGCUCCUUUCGUCACCGAACAAUUUAUGAAGCUCAAUGUUCAACCACUAACAAACCUGGUGAUAUCAAACAUUGAUUGGAAAGAUGCCAAAGGACUGAUGGAUCUGGCGUUACAGUCGAGUAGCAAGAAAUUCACCCUUUCCCUGCACAACGUUGUCCCUACCUUUGACCUCUUCAGGCACAGGUUUAUGGACCAU